AUGGUAGUUUUGUGUUUCACUCUCACUCUCCUUGCACAACUUGUUUUGCCUGCUCACACAUUCCAUAAUUCUAAUUCUUCUGAUCAAGAUGCUCUUUUGGCUUUCAAGAAUUCCCUUUCUCUUGACCCCUCCAAUUCGUUGCGUGAAUGGUCUCCCAAUUACAACUUCUGCAGUUGGGCUGGAGUGGGCUGCUCUUCUUGUCGACCACGUGUGACUUCACUGACUCUUACAGGUAUGGGAUUGGUUGGCCCCAUCUCUCCUUUUCAGGUAGAUCUCUCUUUCCUUACAGUACUUGAUUUAUUCAAUAACAGCUUUCAGGGGCAAAUCCCACCUCAGCUGGGAAGGCUUUUUCGCUUAAGAAGUCUCAGAUUAUCUUUUAACCAAUUGGAAGGUGUCAUUCCCUCCGCUUUAGCAGACUGUCCCUUAGACAAACUAGGCUUGUCUUAUAAUAAAUUGGAAGGCUUGAUACCAUCAUCUCUAGGAGGCUGCCAUUCUUUGCAAAUUCUCAUUCUGUCCUCUAACAAUUUGAGUGGAAACAUUCCCUACGAGCUUGGGCAUCUCCAAAAGUUAGAGAUUCUAUGGUUAGAUUCAAAUCAGCUUACAGGCAUAAUCCCACCUUUCUUUGGAAACAUGUCUUCUUUAAGUCAAUUGACUUUGGGAAACAAUAGACUCCAUGAAAGUGUUCCAGUCGAAUUGGGUAGGCUUACUCGACUUCAAGUUCUUACUCUGAGGCUCAACACCCUUACCGGGCCAAUUCCCAUUGCCCUUUCCAAGUGCACUAAUCUCCAAAUUUAA